CAGCCCGUCGCGUCUGCGUCUCUUUAGACGCGUUCGUUCGUAUACCCAAUAUAUCCUGGCUAACCUCGACGCAGCCUUAACGUUGAUGUGAGCUAUGACUUAAGAACACAACACUACGACCUAAGUAUAUAAUCCAUAUACUAAUCAAAUGUUUGGCACUUCAAAUUUAUUAUCCUGAUGAGCAAGUAUCUCCAGCCAUGCCGGGUACCGAGGGCAGUGAUUUAUUCAAAUCGCUGAAUAAGGCACAGUCCCGUGCUGUUAGCUCCCGCGCACCGACAGUCGCUAUAUUGGCUGGUCCAGGUAGCGGCAAGACUCAUACCCUUACCUCUCGUGUCGUUUGGCUCAUCGACCAUGUCGGAAUCCGACCAUGCGAUGUCAUCGUCGCAACCUUUACCGUCAAGGCCUCUAACGAGAUGAGAAUGCGCAUCGGUCAGGCGCUGGGAAAUGGUCGCGAAAAGAAGAUUGUACUGGGCACCUUCCACAGUAUUGCUCGUAGAUAUUUAGCUACUUAUGGCCAACGUAUUGGGCUGGAUCCCAAGUUUGGCAUUGCAGAUGACUCAGACUCGAGGGCCAUUAUCAAGCGCAUCUGCAAGAGGUUCGACGUUCAAAUCGAUCCUGCUAUGGCUCGCGGUUGGAUCAGCAAACGCAAAGCCAAAGGAGUCUCCGAUGAGCAAGCCGGCAAGACCAAAAAAAGCGAUGGUAUAGAAUCUAAGACCUUAGAGCAAUGCUAUCAAGAAUAUCAGGCCUACCUCGAACGGUCGAAUAUGCUUGAUUAUGACGAUCUUCUUACCCGUUGCGUCGAGCUCCUUCGCAAAUGCCCCGAUUGCGUCCGUAAUAUCGAGACAGUCUUGAUUGACGAAUAUCAAGAUACGAACGGGGUGCAGUAUGAUCUAAUGAAGCUUUUCGCUCAGAAGAAUCGAUGUAUAACAAUAGUUGGCGAUCCGGAUCAGAGUAUCUAUGGUUGGCGAUCGGCAGAAAUAAGAAAUCUCCAUCGCCUACUUCGUGACUUUCCCGGUACCGAUGAGAUAUCUCUCGAGGAAAAUUACAGGUCAUCAAGCUCCAUUCUCGACGUGUCCUUGAGUGUCAUUCAGCAAGAUGAAGAAAGAUAUAAGAAAGCCUUAUUACCAAUUCAUGCCAAAGGUACCCGGCCAGUUCUUCGCAUGCUAAAUAGUUCUACGGCAGAGGCAGAUUGGAUUGUCUCGGAAAUUAAGCGGAUUAAGCUCAUGUCUGGGAAUAUGAUAAAUUCUAAUGACAUCGCGAUCUUGCUCCGGUCUGCCUCGUUAUCCAGGCACAUAGAAUCUGCUCUGGGUAGAGAAGGCAUAGCUUACAAGAUGGUCGGAGGUUUCAAGUUCUAUGAACGGGCUGAAAUUAAAGCUAUAUUGGAUUACUUACGAGUGAUCUAUCAGCCCGAUAACAACGAUGCUCUUGCGCGGAUUAUGAACGUACCAAAGCGAGGCAUUGGCGAUGUAACAGCCAGGUCACUUCUGGAAGAAGCUGAGCGCAACUCUAUGAGCCUUUGGGAGCUACUGCGAAAACAUUGUCGAGGUGAGCGAACAGCAAAGACGACCAUUAGGAAACAAGCAGAGCAGAAGAUCGGCGGUAGCCUUAUUAAAUUAAUUAACAACUUACGAAGUAAGUUGCAGCCGGGCGAAGGAACUCCCGUUAAUUUAGUUGAGAUUAUCAACCAAUUACUCAAAGACCUACAAUUUGAGAAGCACCUAGAGGAGAUGUAUGGACCCGAGUAUGAGUUGCGAUGGGCAAACGUCCAAGAAUUUGUGAGUCUCGCUGCAGAGUUCAUGAAUCAGGAUAGGCCAGAAGAAGAAAUGCUUCCAGUUCUUGAAGAUACCCAGCAGGCGUCAGACGACGACGCACUAGCACGAUUCUUAGCGAAUGUUUCGCUAGCCUCCGACAAACAGACUGAUGAUAAAGAUAAGGGUGGGAAGCCCCAAGUCACAGUCUCUACAAUACAUGCUGCAAAAGGCCUAGAGUGGCCUGUUGUCUUCAUCCCGGCAGUCUAUAAGGGAUCUAUACCGCAUAUGCGGUCUGAUGACGACAAGGAGGAGCGACGUCUCUUAUAUGUAGCAAUGACCCGAGCCCAGGCUUUACUCUAUCUUAGCUGCCCUUUAUAUUCUUCCAGCGGAAGCAAAGAAGCCCUUCAGGUCUCUCCUUUCAUUGAAAAUCUCCCCUCCUCGACUUUCCUCAAAAAAGGACCAUCUCUUGAUCGUCCAAUUAUGUCGGAAAUGGCCAGGAUAUUAAGAAGGGAACUGCCCUCAGAAAGUGCCAUCUACAAGGGCAUGCCAAUGAUGACAGCUAUAGAAGACAAUCUCUACCCAGUCGAUCCGAGCCAGGCGCAGGAACCCUCUAAUGCCUCUACAGACGGGCGCGGAUACGCCCAGCGUAAACGGCAGAAACUGAAUCACCCAAGUGUUCAGAUCGCCGAGGAAUCAAUCGAUGGCUGGGCUGCUCCGUAUGCGACGACGAUGCAAAGGUCUGCUUCAUUUACAGUGCCGGCUGCGGCACCGCAACCAGGUUUUACGACGGCUGGGGCUCACUAUGCGAGCGUUAGUGAAGCUGAGACAACCAAAGUUUCCGGAAAGGCCCUUCAAGGGCCAGCAACAAAAAGACCCCCAACAAACCGAGCCCCUUCCCAAAGGAGUCUAAUAGGUUACGGAUACGGUGUGACGAACCAUGAUAAGUCCAAACAACCCGAUAAUACCAUAACGGCUGUGCCUCAUAAUUCAAACCAACAGGUGAGGUACCCCCCUGGCCCUUACCAGCUUUCUCGAGGUAGUAGGCAACGUACAGGAUCUCAGGUAGCCCCGUCGACCGUGGGACCGCGUCAGAUACAACAAAAUACCACCGCGGAGCCCAGUCCGCCAAUUCAUAAGCUAGGCUCCGCGAAAUUGUCAAGCAGACCACCCACGAAUAACCAAAUAAUAAAGGAAGAGCCACCGCCAAAGCCAAAACAAUAUACUUGUUUCUCAAGCUCGCCGACCAAACCACAGCCGGCAGACGAGCCAGAAACCGCCGAGAAGGAGAAUGAGGUGCCAGCGGAGGAGCAGACACGUCCCGCAAAGAGCUUUCACGCCACGACAGUCAACUACGGGCCGAGCGUUGGUUGGAGAGGUGGUGGUAUUCAGAAACCAGCACCUCUGGGACGAAAUGGCAUUACCCCUAUGGAUCGUUUGAAGAAGCCCUUCAAGUUGACCGUCAAGCGACCUAACGUAACGUAGAUAUAAACAUCCUUAGAGUACAGAGGAACAGCCAGCAUAGCAAAUUAGCAAAAAUAUUUAACUUUCUCAAUAUACUAAGGUGACUGGGUAUCGCAAUGAAGGGCUCCCGUCUAACAGAGAUCUUAAUAUCAAGUCGUGUCUACCAGACAUGUAAACCCAGUUAU